AUAGCCAUAGUUCCAUUCAUUCCCUUCCUUUCCACCUGAAUUCCAUACUGAGAAGCUCGAAACUUUUGAAAGCAAAAAAGAAAUAUGAGGAAUGAUCUCUUCGCUUCCAUUGACAUGGGUACCAACUCCUUCAAGCUUCUCAUUGUCCAAGCUAACCCGUCAGGCAGAUUCCUCCCACUGUUAAACCUCAAAGAACCCUCCAUAUUGGGUCGUGGUUCCUCCUCCUCCUCCUCCUCCAUCAUCUCCGAUCAGUCUCGCCUCCUUUCCCUCCACUCCCUCAAGAAAUUCAAUGAAGUAAUCCGUACCCACCAUGUCCCUAUCCAUCAUACCCGCUGCGUUGCAACUGCAUCCGUACGGGCAGCGGAAAACCAGAUCCAGUUCGUGGAAUCCGUGAAGGAAACUGUGGGAUUAGAGGUUGAGGUCUUGUCUGGUGAACAGGAAGCGCGGCUUGCUUAUCUGGGUGUGCUUCAAUUCUUGCCAUUGUUUGAGAAGUUGGUUCUAAACGUGGAUAUUGGAGGUGGGUCGACGGAGUUUGUGAUUGGGAAGAGAGGGGAAAUUGCGUUUUCGUGCUCUUUGAAGUUGGGUCAUGUGACUUUGACACAGAAGUUUGGGGAUCAUGGUGAGAAUGGAACUGAAAAGGUACUGAAGAUGAGAGAGUAUAUUAGGAUGGUGAUUAAGGAAUCUGGGUUGAGCCAGAAAGUUAAGGAAUCAGGUUUUGAGAUAUCAGUUGGAUCCUCAGGUACUAUAAGGGCUAUUGAGAAGGCAAUUUUUUGUGGUUAUGCAGGGGAGUUUGUGGACAAAGAGGUUUUAUUUAGGGAAUGUAAAAAGGAAUGGAGGUUUACUAAGGAAGAUUUAAGGAAAGUUGUUGAUAGGUUGUGUAGUGGAGAAAAGAGAGAGAAGAUAAGAAGAAAUGGGUUCUUUAAGAGAAGAUCAGAGUCUAUUGUUGCUGGUGCUGUGUUAUUGGAGGAGAUAUUUGAGUUGCUUGGGAUUGAAGAAAUGGAUGUUUCUGGAUAUGGAUUGGGAGUAGGUGUGAUUUCUGAGACUUUGGCUAAAGUUUUUGAUGGAUAUAAUUUUAAUGCAAAUGCUAGGUGGUGUUCUGUCAUGCAGCUUGCAACUAGAUUUGAUGAGAAUAAGAGGAUGAGCACAGCCGUGCUGUGUGCUGGCAUUGCACGGGAUAUUUUUGAAGGUCUGAGGACAUGCGAUGAGCCUGUUGACAAUGACUUUAGACUUGCUGUUCCUUUAGAUCACAAAGAUCUUGAAUAUCUUGAAGCUGCAUGUUUACUUCACAAUGUGGGGCUCUUCCUUGGCGAAAAGGGUUACCAUAAGCAAUCAUAUAGCAUUAUCAUGAAUGGUAAUCAUCUUUGUGGAUAUAGUGCCGAGGAGGUUAAGUUCAUGGCAUUGCUAACAAGAUACCACAGGAAGAAAUUCCCCAAGAUUGAUCAUGGUUCUUUUAUGGAGUUUCAAGAAAAGGUAAAGCAGAAAUUCGAAAUUCUUUCUGCAAUCAUCCGCAUAUCUAUUGCAUUGCAGCGGAUUGGUUGCACAAAUCACGAAGACUUGGAAUUUUCACACUCUGCUGAAGGUUUCAAGCUGGUAUUUUCAGUUCUCUCUUUCCUUGAAAAAAAAGGAAAAAAGAACCAUCUGUCUGAGUGUGAUAAACACUCUAGGACUUUUUGCUGCCAAGAAUACUUGAGGAAAUUGAUUUUAAUGUUAAGAAGCAUCAUAGAAGAGGAAAAAGAGGCAGGAAACAUUGGGCUUAGUAUACUACACAUAUAGAGACUAGAGAAAUUCAAUUUCAAUUAAGGAUGUUUUAGCAUUUUUUGCUGGUUCACAUUCACAUGCUUACAUUCUCUGUUUUUUGCCUGGCAAUGGUUGACUUUCCCCAGCCCCACCAAAUGCAGAAGAAAGCUGUUGGACCAUGUUUUUCUAUAUUUCUUAGAUGCUGGUUUUAAUAUCAUUAACGCAACUUCUGAAUCUCGUCAUUAAUUAGCAAAAUGCAUAAUUUUGUAAUUCGUAGUAAGGGAAACAUCCUCCUGUUCAAUCAACUUAAUGGUUUCUUUACAGGUAGUAGGACAAAUAAGUGGUCGAGCUCUUUUGCCUAGCGUUCCACAACUUAAAGCUCAGGAUAUUGGAUCAGAGCUAACAGAAGAGUUGAAGUACUUCAAAAUGGUAUUCAAGAAAAAACUGCUUUUGGUAUUGCCAUCAUUGACUUCAAAUAAGUCUUGAGGAUGAAAUUGUUGGUGGGAGAACUGUCAGUUACUUUUACAUAUUGAUGAAAAACAGUCUACAGUCACCACACACAGAAGAAAUGCUUUUGCAUAAUGGCCUGCAAAUCCAAUGCUCAACCAAGAUAAUCCCAUCUGCAAUGUUGUGGAAACCUCAACCUGCUACUAACUGCCUUAUAUCUAUAAUCCUGCCUGGGAGCCUGGGACACAAAAGGGUUCAGUCCAAAGAACAAAGUCUCACAGUAUCUUCUGUUUUCCUAAGAAAAAGAAGUUGUUGAAAGGUAAAAAGCAUACCCAGCAAGUUCAUGGCAUAACCAUUGCAGUCUGAUGUCAUAUCAACCAUGCUUGUUCCCAGGAUUAUUGCCAAAGCUUAGAUUAAGUUAUGCAGGAUACCCUGAGGCAUGAUAUCUGCUAAAACCAUAACAUCAAGAAUUGUAUCUGGCUUCCAAAAUAUGUUGUUUUGUUUGAUAGACAGGAAUUCUGAAGAACAGUUGACUUCAAGCUAAGAGUUGGAAAAGUCGAUUUUGGUCCAUCCGGUAAAGAUAAAAAAAUGUAAAAAUUCAUUAAUAAAAACACACACACUUUUGGAAAAGAUAUGUGGGCCAUCUCGUACCCCAUCAUUGCUCUUUUGUCAUUUUGUGUGAUUUUUUUUCCCCUCCUUUUAAAGGGCAAAAUCUAACGACUUAUCUGCUUAUUCGUUACUACUUAGUAGCAUUAGAAUAAAGUGCGUUUUAUU